AUGAAAUAUUUGGAAUUAGAAGAAAUGUGGGAAACAACUGAUAAGAUUGUGUAUUGUAGAAAUGCAGGAUUCCACGAAGUAGAAUAUUUUUCAGAUACUGAAAAAGAACUAGGAGACGAUAUAGUUGAAACAAUAAUUUACAAAGAAGGUACUGAAUCAGAAGCAUACAGAAAACAAAUGAGAGCUAAUAGUGCUCACGUUUAUUUUAUAUAUAAAGAUAAAAUAAAAACAGUUGUCUUGGAUAUGGAUUUCUCAGUAGAAUUAAAAAGUAAAGAAGAAUGUAUGAAAUAUAUAGAAAAGAUGGAAGAAGAUAUACAUGCAGUAAAUACUGCUAAUGAAAGAAUAAUAAAAUUAAGAAAAGCUCAAAAAGCAGUAGAUUAUAGGGAAUACAUUAUUCAGUAA